UUCUUUAAAGAUGGCCGGAGCGGCGGCGACCGCGACCCCCGUGUACUGUGUUUGCCGGGAGCCCUACGAUGUGAGCCGCUUCAUGAUCGAGUGCGACAUCUGCAAGGACUGGUUCCACGGCAGCUGUGUCAAGGUAGAGGAGCACCAUGCUGUUGAUAUUGAUCUGUACCACUGUCCCAACUGUGCAGUUCUGCAUGGACUAUCCUUAAUGAAGAAGAGGAGGAACUGGCACAGACAUGACUACACAGAGUUUGAUGAUGGUUCCAAACCAGUCCAAGCUGGAACACGGACUUUUGUUAAACAACUGCGGGCUCGCUCGUUCCCAAGUGCUGAUGAAAUCAUUCUGAAAAUGCAUGGCAGCCAGCUGACACACAGAUACCUGGAGAAACAUGGGUUUGAUGUCCCUAUUAUGGUUCCUAAAUUAGACGGUCUUGGGCUCAGACUCCCUCCCCCUACGUUCUCCGUUUUGGAUGUGGAACGCUAUGUAGGUGGCGACAAAGUGAUAGAUGUAAUUGAUGUGGCAAGGCAGGCAGACAGUAAAAUGAAGCUUCAUAAUUAUAUUAAGUAUUUCAUGAAUCCUGAUCGACCAAAAGUAUUAAAUGUGAUCAGUCUGGAGUUUUCAGACACAAAGAUGUCUGAAUUGGUGGAAGUCCCUGACAUUGCCACAAAGCUUUCGUGGGUGGAAAACUACUGGCCAGAUGACUCCGUCUUCCCCAAGCCUUUUGUUCAGAAAUAUUGCUUGAUGGGAGUUCAGGACAGCUACACUGAUUUUCAUAUUGAUUUUGGGGGCACGUCAGUCUGGUACCAUGUUCUGUGGGGUGAGAAGAUCUUCUACUUGAUCAAACCUACUGAUGAAAAUCUGGCUCUCUAUGAAUCUUGGAGUUCCUCUGUCACCCAGAGUGAAGUGUAUUUUGGGGAUAAGGUAGACAAAUGUUAUAAAUGUGUGGUGAAACAAGGACAUACCUUAUUUGUUCCUACAGGCUGGAUUCAUGCUGUGCUCACAUCUCAGGACUGUAUGGCUUUUGGAGGAAACUUUUUGCACAACCUCAAUAUUGGCAUGCAGCUCAGGUGUUAUGAAAUGGAGAAAAGGCUAAAAACCCCAGAUCUUUUCAAAUUCCCUUUCUUUGAAGCCAUCUGUUGGUUUGUGGCCAAAAACUUACUGGAAACUUUGAAAGAACUGCGGGAAGAUGGUUUCCAGCCCCAGAACUUCUUAGUCCAAGGAGUGAAGGCUUUACUUAGUGCUUUAAAGUUAUGGAUGAAAAAAGAACUUGUAACAGAACAUGCCUUUGAAAUUCCUGACAAUGUUAGGCCUGGGCAUCUCAUUAAAGAACUCUCUAAAGUGAUUCGCUCUGUAGAGGAGGAGAACAGCAAACCAGUUAAAACUCAGGGAAUUCUUGGUAUGUGCCCAGUUUCCUCACAUGAAGCAACCUCUCCUCACCAUUCCAGAAGAAAAGUGAGGAAACUGCGAGAUCAUACGAUCAAAGUACCUUCUAAUCUGGAUAUCCUGGAGCUCCACACAAGGGAGGUACUCAAAAGGCUGGAGAUGUCCCCAUGGGAGGAGGACAUAGCAAACUCUAAACUGAAUGGAAGAUUUAACAAGCCCUUUCAGCCAUCUUCUACAGUACCUGAAUGGAGAACAAAGGACAAUGAUCUACGCCUUCUGCUUUCAAAUGGAAGAAUCAUCAGAGAUGAGCGACGGCCAUUUACAGAUCGAAGUCUUUACACGGCAGACAGUGAGGAUGAGGAUGACAGGACGAGGUCAAAAAAGACAAAGACUAUUAAGAUGGAAGACCAGAGCUCAGGGUUGGAAGGACAAGGGACUGCAGAUGCCCAGAAACCACUGAACAUGUUCUUUGAAAGUGUGAAAUCAGAACUCAGGAAUGGAUCCUCAGAGUACUCUGAUAUUUCUGAUUCAGAAGAAUCUGAGCCUGAUUGCACUACUCAGCUAAAUAAUUCCUCUACAGAGGAGUCAGAAAGCUCAGGUGAUGAAGAGAAACAGGAGGUAACAUCAAAUUUCAAGGAGGAAACUAAGAUGAUAAGGGACCUCUGUCAAACUACCCAGAAGCCAUCUAAAAAUGAAACUCCAAGUAAAGGGGAAUGUCCUACCUCGACAAGUACAGAAGAAGAAGCUAUUCAUGGCAUGCUUUCUAUGGCAGGAUUGCACUAUACCACAUGUUUACCAGGUCAUACACAAAGCACAGACUGCACAGAUAAAAGAACCUCUCAUCAGGAACACAGAAGUUACCCCAGAAGUAAGCAUAAGGACAGGCAGCCAUCCCAGAGUCAUAAAACAGAAUGUGGUAAGCACACGAGGGAAGAGGAAAGAAGCGUGGGGACUUCAAUAUGGGCAAGACAGCUAAAUGCAGCUUCCAGGGUUACCCCUCAGGAUACAAGUAAAGCUCAGAAAUAUAUUAAGAAGGAGGGUGCAUCAGAAGCUAGUCAUAAGGUUCAGGAGAAUAGAAAUUUUACACACAGCAAUGGCUUGAGCUUCCAACAUGGCAAGUGCACGCGGGACUCGACCCUGAUCCAAGGGGAGUGUCGGUUGAGUGACGGCAGCCUCAGCCCUGAUAGGCCAUAUGGUGAGACAUCCUUGUCCAUACCCCUUCACCCAACCAAGAGGCCAGCGUCAAAUCCACCCCCUAUCAGCAACCAGGCCACAAAAGGCAAGCGUCCAAAGAAAGGAAUGGCAACUGCCAAACAGCGCCUUGGGAAGAUCCUUAAGCUGAACCGAAAUGGCCAUGCACGCUUCUUUGUUUGAUGUAGCUGCUGCUGCUGUCUUUCCUUCACAGCCAGUAUUGAGGGCAGCAGAGCCUGGAGCUUCUGCUGUUCCUCUGCCCGAAGCAGACUUGCAUGUACCAUGUAGAACACUGCCUAAUGAACAAAAAAACCAAUGCUGCAUUUUCACUGUGCCACACCCGCUCAGCAAUAACCAUUUGGGAAUGGGGAAAUCUUCAGAGAGACAGUGGACUGGGAAACAGUCUCUCAUCAGGGCUUGAAUAUCACUUUGUUGCUGGUAGUGUCUGAGCUAAUUCGUGAGGGGGAGAUGAUAAAGGUGGUUAUCCAUAAUUUAUUUCUGACAGAUUUUUACAACUUUUAAAUUCAUUUUUAACUAUUUAUUUGGAAGACUUUUUUUGUGGGGGUUAUUAAUUUAGAUUUAAGAAUGUGAAGGUUUUUAAUUGUUCUUGAUAAUGUAUGUUUGGUGCAGUGGAGAGCCACAUUAAUGGUGAUUAGUCUGGACUCCUAAAUUUGAUAUUCAGGUUAUAGUCUUAAACAGGGAUGUGAUGCAUUAUUAAUUAUUUUUAAAUUAAGUCAUAUGAAAUCAUAUUUUAUAUUUUUUUUUCCUGCUCUUUAUAAGCUGUUGGUUGGGCUUUUGUUGCCCUGUAAGGUGCAUGCGCUCUGCCAAUUUAGUUCCCUUAGCCUCUCCCCAUUCUGUACACAUUGCUGACUCACCAAAGUGGAAAAGCAAAGACUCUUCUGUCUACAAGGAGAGCAUGAUUAUUCAAGUUCAGUAGCUAACAUGUCUUAAAAAGCACCCCUCCCUCAAAUUGGGGUUUAUGCUCUUCCUUCUGACAUGGUUGGUGUUCGGUCCAGGCCAUAUGAUUUUUCUCUCUUAAGGAGAAAAUAAAAUCGCUUUGAGAAGUUUUGUUUUAUACAACUUAGUUUAAAUGUUAGUACAGAGGAGAGCAACUUUUAUAUUUUCCUGGGGGAUGGGAGAGAGUGCAAUAUAAUGGGUUAAGUUUCAUAUUUCAGAAUAAUUGUGUUGGUUGAAGAAACAAUUCUUAAAAUAUAAAUUGCAGAAUUAAGAUUUGGCAGAUUACUUCCUGUGGUGGGUGGAGGGAGCACUAAAACCAGUGAUAAUCAUUAGUGUACUUCAAAAAUAUAUUUUACUGAGGAACUAAGGAGGCAGCUGAACAUGUGCUGCUUGCAAGGCUGCACAUGAGAGCCAAUUUCAGUCUUAACAGGUGCAUAUGUAAGUGUUGAGUUUAGUAGCUAGCUGAUCUCAGAAUGAUCAUUUGUGCCAUGCUUUACAUAGAGCUGAUAGUAAAUGCCAAUUCUGAAUUACCUGUAAAUAAUGUUGAUUUUAAAUUUGUAUUUUUCUGUAAUAUAAAAUUAAAUAUUUAACUUUUCAGGGUGGGCGGAGAGGGGAACAACUUUACUUGAUUCUGUAAAAAGGGCAUUUUGCAGGGUCCAGCCAAAAGUAAAACAUUGAUGUGCUAGGGAUACCAUCCUGUAUAGUGAGAGUGAAAAGGCUUGGCUUAGCUAUCCAAUUUAUUGAUUUGUCUUAACUCCACUCAGUUUGCCUGUCCUCCAUAUUCUGUCCUGGAUAGCUUCUUCCUGCUGUGCUUAAAAACAAAUUCAACUUUACCUUCCUGAUUUACAUGUAGCUAUAUCCAUGUAUACAACUAGAUUAAAGAUCAGAACUAGCUAGGUGAGGGCCAGCCCAUUUCUGGAUGAGAAAAUAUCAAAAUAUAACAUGGGUAUGCAUUGGGCAAAUAGCAUUCAUGAUUUUUCUUUUUCCAGAACUUGCAAAUUAUUGUUUUUCUCUUCGUCCCCGCCCAGCUUUUGAUUUGAAAGUAGUGUAGACAUCAGAGUUAAUUGAUUUUGCUAACCCAUAGCCAAAAACACAUUGGAUGAGUUCAAACUCUGUUGGCAGACCAUUUUUAUUUAAUGCAUGCUGCCAGCCUUGUUUAGGGUGCUGGGGAAAGGGGACAAUAAAAGUGAUACUCGCAAAUUACCAACUAACAAAAGACAAGGAGCAGUUACUCUACAGGUUUCAAAAGUGACCAGAAAUAAUAAUGUUCUCAGGCAAGAAAUUUUUCAGUCAGUAAUGAUGAGAGGAAAAAAUACUUUCAACAUUCAGUAUGAAAUUUUAAUUCUAUCUUCUGAUAUAUUCUCAUGGAAAUAUUUGAUAAAUGUGUAGCAUGUUAUCAAUACUGGUUUAAAUGAUAAGAAAAAAGCUUACCUCUGAUCUCUUUGUGUCAGCUCAAGGAAAACCAGGUCAUACCUGCCAGGCUUUGAGUAACUGGUUCAGUUCUGGCAAACCAAACCAAACUGCUUUUCUCUUACUGGCUAUCGUUUUUUUUUUAUUUAUUAAUUAAGACAACAGAAGUAUUUCACAAGGGACAUCAAGCAGAAUUGGAGGGGAGUAAAGACUGAUUUUUUUUUUAAUGUAGAUUCUGAGAACACUACUCACUGAAACAGAAAUAUGCCAUAAUGGAAUCUGGAAUUAAGGAGGUUUGGAAUAUGGAACAUACACAAUGCUGCUUUCCCUGUGACUUGUCUGCAGCAGGUCUCUCUUCUAAGCCUCCUCAUUAGCAAAGUAUAUAGCUACCAUCUUACUAGUAGAAAAAGUACUUGGCUGGACCCAUAUAUGUUUAAUGGUUAUUUCUAGUUUUCUUUCUUUUUCCCUUCUCUCCCACUUUUUCAAGGUGGCUCUCCAUUGUAGUGAGUGUACUAAUGUCUCUUCAUAGGCUGUCAACAGGCAGAGGUUCAUUUCCAUUUUCUCCUGAUUUCCAUGCUUCCAGCAGAAGUCUUUAAGAGACUAAAACUUGAUUUGGGGUGAGAGGGAACCUCAGUCAAUCAGUUUAAAAGAAAUGGUCUUGAUAAUUGAUAACAAAUGAGUCUCCUGUUGGUAGCUUGAUGAAGAGGAUGUGUUGAUCUCACUUAUUCAUGUAUUUGUAUGUUGGGAUGUUAUUAUAUUCUUGGAAGAAAACACUGUUGCACCAAGCUUUUUGUAGAUGGACUGAACCUGGUGCUAUAGAGGUGGAGAGAAAAUAACCUGUCUUUUCUCACAUUUCACUUUUUGG